AUGGACCUAAGAAUACGAAGAGAAACUGGGGAGGAUCAUUACACAACAGAAGACAGCACUAUGGGAACAAGAGAGCCAAUGGAUAGCAGGAACAGUGUAACAGAACAUUCUGACAAGCAGCAGACCUUGUGGACCCUCCUGAGCACAAACCAGAGACACCUGGACAUUGAGAGAGACUGCAAUGUCAUCUCACUACAUGGGCCUAGCCACACAGGGCCUAGGGUUAGUCAUACAAAUCAGACACGGAGCAUAAAGCACCCUCAUCAGAAAAUCAAGAAGUUCCUUCUUGGCCUGUUUGGAGUGCCUGGGCGUUUGUUUGGGAAGUAUUUGGGGUUUCUAAAGGUGCCAUUGAUUAAGGUUGUUAGUCAACGAGAAUCAGUGCAUAACAAAGGCCAUAACCACCCCUUUGUUUUGCAUCAACUUGCUGUCUCUGGUCGAAUGGAUAUGACCAUGGAGGAAAGAUUGGGAGAAAUAGAAGCAAGAAUGCAUAGGAUGAUGGAGAAUAGUUUGCGUCAGUUUAGAGAAGAGAUGACCGGUGUGAUUACACAAAACCGAAUUGAUAGAACACCAAACCCUAAUCCUCGACCAUACGAAGAUAGAACAAUCAAAUUGGAUAUACCUGAAUUCGAUGGAACUUCACAUGAUCCAGCCAAAUACAUAGAAUGGGAGGAAAGAAUGGAACAGUACUUUGAAUUUAGGGAAACACCAAUGGAUCAUCAGUAUAAGUUGGCUAAGGUAAAAUUGAUUAAGUCAGCUGCUGUUUGGUUAGAGGGAACACAGAAACAAAGGCUUAGGGAAGGAAGGAGUAGGAUCAACACUUGGGGAAAACUCAAGAAGAACAUGAGAAGAAAAUAUAUUCCAUCUGCCUAUAAACAACAACAAUAUAUUCAACUCAAUUCCAUGAAACAAGGGAGUAGGUCUGUACAAGAGUAUGUGAAUGAAUGGGAAAGAACCUAUGUUCUGUGUGACAUCAAUGAGCCUGAGGACAUGAGAGUCAGUAGGUUCAUUGCAGGAUUGAGAGAGGACAUAAGGGACCACUUAAGGAUCACACCUGACCUCACGCUGAACACAGCAAGUUUACAUGCCAUUGAUGUUGAGAGAUUUGUUAACAGAUUAACUGCCACACACAAUAAGACCACCAGGGCCUACAACCCUAGGAACACCAGUAGUUUCACCACACCUAGGAAGGAGGCACAGAGCACUGGACCUAAAAACAGUACAACAAAAACAGAGCCCCCCAUAAAUCCUAAGGAUGUGAUAUGUUUUAAGUGCAAUGGAAGAGGACAUUACAAGAGGGAUUGUCCUAAUGCUAGAGCUUUUACCAUGAGAGAGUGGAUUGACAUUAGGCAAAACACCAACCCCAAAAGAAUGUUAGUUUCAAAGAAUGGACAAGAAGAAGAAAUAGACCCACCAAGCCUUAGUGAUGGAGAUGGUACUUUUUGGGUAGAUGAGCAAGAAAAAUGGCAUACUUAUGAAGGGGAGACUGAGGAAGAAGGAGGAGAGGAUCUGGAGAAGAUACCACCUGAAGAAGAGCAUGUUAGCUUAAUCAUUAGAAGAAGUUUCCAAGCUACCCCCAUGGACAAAAAGUCUGACCAAAGAGAGAAUAUUUUUCAGACCAAAUGUAGGGUACAGGGGAAGGUUUGUGAUUUAAUCAUUGAUAGCGGGAGUGAAUCUAAUUGCAUCAGUAAGCAGCUGGUAGAUGAGUUAAAUUUAGAAACCAAGCCUCACCCACAUCCUUACUUAAUGAAAUGGUUAGACAACAAGUCAAGUGGGUCAGUGAGUAGACAGUGUUUAGUGAGCAUGACCUUGGGAACAUAUGUGGAUGAUAUUCUGUGUGAUGUGUUAGAGAUGGAUGCCUGUCAUCUGCUGCUGGGCAGACCAUGGCAAUAUGAUAAAAAGACCACACACAAUGGUUAUACCAACACCUAUACCCUUAGGCAUAAUGGAAAGAAAAAAGAGCUGUUACCCCUGCCCCCACACAGAGCUGUUCCUCCUAAGAUUACUAAAGUGCAUGUCCAUUUAAUGAACAGAAGGGAGUGUGAAAAGGAAAUCCAAGGUCAAGGAGAGAUAUACCUUCUGGUUACCAAGGAAGUCCAUGAGCCUAUACCUAUACCACAUGAAUUGAGAAGCUUGUUGGAUCAAUAUAAGGAUGUUUUUCCUAAUGAGUUACCCCCUGGUUUACCACCUGUGAGAGGCAUUGAACACCAGAUAGAUUUGGUACCAGGAGCUAGUUUACCUAAUAAGACUGCCUAUAGGUCCAACCCUAAGGAAACUCAAGAACUACAAAGACAAGUGGAAGAAUUAAUGCAAAGGGGAUAUGUAAGAGAGAGCUUAAGCCCCUGUGCAGUACCCACUCUGUUAGUGCCAAAGAAGGAUGGCACAUGGAGAAUGUGCAUUGACAGCCGUAGUAUGAACAACAUAACCAUUAAGUAUAGGUUUCCUAUACCAAGAAUUGAUGAUAUCUUGGAUGAAUUGGGUGGUUCACAGUGGUUCAGUAAGGUGGAUCUAAGAAGUGGAUAUCACCAAAUUAGGAUGAAAGCAGGGGAUGAAUGGAAAACUGCAUUCAAGACCAAGUAUGGGCUAUAUGAAUGGCUUGUGAUGCCCUUUGGUUUGACUGGUGCCCCUAGCACAUUCAUGAGGCUUAUGAAUGAGAUAUUGAGACCAUUUUUGGGAAAGUUUAUAGUUGUCUAUCUAGAUGAUAUACUCAUUUACAGUAGGGAAAAGGAAGAACACAUGAGACACCUGCAACAAUUAUUUGAGGUCUUAAGAAAACAGAGACUGUAUGCUAAACUAGAGAAAUGUAACUUCCUGUUACCUGAGGUUAGUUUCUUGGGUUACGUCAUAGGGAAAACAGGAGUUAGAGUGGACCCUGAAAAGGUUAAAGCUAUAAAAGAAUGGCCUACACCCACUACUCUAACACAAGUAAGAUCAUUCCAUGGGUUGGCAUCCUUUUAUAGAAGGUUUAUAAAGGAUUUUAGCUCUGUUUUGGCCCCUGUGACAGAGUGUACUAAGCAAGGAAAGUUUGAGUGGACACCUGCUGCACAGCAAGCAUUUGAAACCCUUAAGGACAUGAUGUGUAAAGCCCCUAUUCUCAAGCUACCUGAUUUUACCAAACCCUUUGAGCUAGAAUGUGAUGCAAGUGGAGUAGGGAUUGGAGCAGUGCUAGUUCAGGAGGGUAGACCAGUAGCUUUUUUCAGUGAAAAGCUCAAUGACAGUAGGUUAAAUUACUCCACUUAUGAUAAAGAAUUUUAUGCUAUCAUAAGAGCUUUUGAACAUUGGUCUCACUACCUUAGAAUCCAACCUUUUGUGCUUCACACAGAUCAUGAGUCCUUAAAAUACAUAAACAGUCAGCACAAAUUCAGCAGUAGACAUGCAAGAUGGGUAGAGUUUAUGCAGACCUUUGACUUCUCAGCUAGGUAUAAGGUGGGCAAGACCAAUAUCAUUGCAGAUGCCUUGAGUAGGAAACACUGCAUGAUAGGAAUAUUAGGAUCUAAGAUUUUGGGGUUUGAAUUCAUCAAAGACCAGUACCAGACCUGUCCUGAUUUUGCAGAUAUAUAUAAACUAUGUCAUGACACACCACAAGGGUUAUUUAGCAUACACCAGGGAUACUUGUUUAAAGGGAACAAGCUAUGCAUACCUAAGCUACCUCUUAGAACCAUUUUAGUAAAAGAAGUGCAUGAAGGAAGCAUAGCAGGGCAUUAUGGGAUUCAGAAAACCCUUGACAUGUUAGCUAAACAUUUCUUUUGGCCAAAGAUGCUUGGCACAGUGGGUAAACACAUAUUAAAAUGUGAGACUUGCCUUAAGGCUAAAGUCACUUUUCAUAAGGGAGAGUACUUACCUUUACCUAUAGCUCACAGACCAUGGGAACACUUGAGCCUGGAUUUCAUGAUGGCAUUGCCUAAGACUAAGAGAGGAAAGGAUGCUAUCAUGGUGGUAGUAGAUAGAUUCUCUAAAAUGGCUCAUUUCAUAGCAUGCACUAAGACUGAUGAUGCACAAUACAUAGCCAAACUGUUCUUUGCUGAAAUCGUAAGAUUGCAUGGCAUCCCCAGGACUCUUGUCUCUGACAGGGAUAGCAAGUUCCUAAGUAACUUUUGGAAAUCCUUGUGGAAGAUGCUAGGCACUAAGCUUUUGUUUAGUACUGCUUACCAUCCGCAAACAGAUGGACAAACAGAAGUAACUAAUAGAACUUUGGGCACUAUACUCAGAACCUUGGUAAGCACAAACAUAAGGGAAUGGGACCUCAAGUUAUGCCAUGCUGAAUUCGCAUACAACAGAGCCCCUAGUCGUGCCACUAAGCAUACCCCAUUUGAAUGUGUGUAUGGUACCAACCCUCUACUUCCUAUAUCACUGAUUGAUUUACCAAUGUGUGACAGCAAACAACUGGAAGCAGAAGAGCUAAUCAAGCAAAUGGAAGCAGUCCACAAGCAAGUUCAUACCAAUUUGGAGGAGACUAACAAGAAGUACAAGGUGCAAGCUGACAAGCAUUUAAAAGCAAGGCAACAGAUUAAGGACGGUGACCAAGUGUGGGUGUAUCUCAGGAAGAAAAGGUUUCCACACCUCAGAAGAAAUAAGCUACAACCAAGAGCCAUAGGGCCAUACUCAGUGCUGAGAAAAAUUGGGAACAAUGCCUUUGAGAUCCAGUUACCCACAGAGUAUAACAUAUCCCCUAUUUUUAAUAUAGGAGAUCUUACCCUACAUCAACCAACUCAAGAAUUAGGGACAAUUCUUUCCCAAGAAGGAGGGGUUGAUGCAAAUGCAUCAGGGAACAGUGACCAUGACAAUAGGGAACAGGAACAAGACAGUGUUCCCAACUUGCCUUCUACGCAUAAAGGUCAAAGGAUAAGCAAUGAUACUUCCCACACAUCAAACAUGGACCUAAGAAUACGAAGAGAAACUGGGGAGGAUCAUUACACAACAGAAGACAGCACUAUGGGAACAAGAGAGCCAAUGGAUAGCAGGAACAGUGUAACAGAACAUUCUGACAAGCAGCAGACCUUGUGGACCCUCCUGAGCACAAACCAGAGACACCUGGACAUUGAGAGAGACUGCAAUGUCAUCUCACUACAUGGGCCUAGCCACACAGGGCCUAGGGUCUUACUAACAAACCACCAGGAAGCCUAUAAUACACGUUGA